UUUUGGGCUGAUUUUGUACAGUAGUUUGGCUAGGUACUGGCUGAAAGUGGGGAUGAUCUUUUGCGGUCUCCUUUUUCUGUUGGGAGGAGAUGUGCUCCUGGCCUGCUCCCUGAAGAACUACACCCUGUAUGUGGAAAGACACGAGUGUGGUCAUUGCAUGGCCAUCAACACCACCGUGUGUAGUGGAACAUGCUUCACACAGGAUACAAACGUUAGAGGAUUUGUGGGCAAGUGUUUCCUGAUUCAGAGAGGAUGUAUGCAUCACUCUCUGGUCUAUCAUUCUGCGAAGAUGCCCGGCUGUCUCGUUCACAUUGACCCCUUCUUCUUUUAUCCGGUGGCACACCAUUGCCGCUGCACAAAAUGCAACACUGCCAAGAAUGAGAGUGUCUGCAAGCCGAAACACACCGCCAGCAAAUGCUCUGAGCACCUGCUGCAUGUCUGA